AUGUUUCAUGAAGCUUUUUUAGCAGGUGUAUGGGCGUCAAUAGGCAGUACUUUAGGAAAACUAUCAGGGACGCCAGUUGUUGUAGGCAAUAGUUACGUGAUAUGGAUUUCACUGUUAGCUGCUAUGGUUAUGUCAAACACUUGGGGAUGUCGUUACUAUCUGCGGUCACUUGACGCGGCGACGAACUCUGUAGCGCCUACUGUCAUAUCAGCUGCAUCUAGCUACAUACUGUCUGGCAUCAUCGGCGUCACAGUGUUCGGUGAAGGUGCGUCAUUGCGAUGGUGGUUGGGGGUGUUUUGCAUUGUGGUUGGACUUGUAUUAGUGGCACGACCCCGAGAAUAUAAGCAGGAUAAGCCGAAAGAUUAA